CAGAAGAAGGCAUGAAACAAACCACGAGCUGAGAGUUUUUACACAACAGUCGGAUUUGUCCCAUUGUCAAGAGUGUGACGUGCCAGAAAAUAGUUUGUAUAGUGUCGUUAUUUAAUUUCAGAUUCAUAAUCAUACUAUUUAGCUCAACCUAUCUCUCACAGGAAGUAUACAGAUAUUUGGGAGAAAGCAGAUUUGAGCAUUACCCGGAGUAAACCUGAACGCACAGCAAUGAGUGACCCAGAGCCAGCAACAUUUGCAUCUGUUGAACAAGAGAGGGACUACUGGAAGGAACAGGCUGCCAAAUACCAGCAAAGGGCUGAGGAGGCGCAGGAGGAGCUGCAGGAGUUUCAGCAGAUGAGUCGAGACUAUGAGGAGGAGCUGGAGACAGAGCUGAAGCAGUGUGAUGCCCGUUAUCGUGAGCUUCUUACGACCAGCAACAGACUCCGCAUGGAAUUAGAAAACUACAAGGAGAAGUAUGAAACGCAGCACUCUGAAGCAGUCAGGCAGAUUUCGACUCUAGAAGGAGACCUGGCAGAGACCACAGCCAUCAAAGACCAACUGCACAAGUAUAUCCGGGAGUUAGAGCAAGCUAACGAUGACCUGGAGAGAGCUAAGAGGGCGACUAUAAUGUCACUUGAGGACUUUGAGCAGAGAAUGAAUCAUGUUAUAGAGAGAAAUGCCUUCCUUGAGAAUGAGCUUGAUGAAAAAGAAAAUCUUCUAGAAUCAGUACAGAGAUUAAAAGAUGAAGCCAGAGAUUUAAGACAUGAACUUGCUGUUCAGCAGAAACAGGAGCGCAAGACAUCAAUCAGCCUUUCUAAAGAUGUAGAGAAGCCAGAGGCCACACCCUCCAGACCCUCCUCUGUUGUUACCUCCGCUCUCCCAUCGCUCCAUCCCACACCCUCCAGACCUCCAUGCUCAGGGAGUGCAUUUAACACCCCCUCAGCUUCCUACAGCAGAAUUGAAGGCCUAACUGGAACUCCUCUCACCACAUCUGCACGUAUAUCUGCCCUUAACAUCGUUGGAGAACUGUUGAGGAAAGUUGGGAACCUUGAAUCAAAGCUAGCAUCGUGCAGAGAGUUAAACAUCCAUGAGAAAACACCCAGACGUGCCGCGAUUGGCCAGGGUACACCGAACGUUUCACGGGAAACCCCUGAAAUCCCAUCCAGCACAAAUGGCUUGUAUGAUAAGGGGAUGGUGAAAAGGUUGGACUUUGGAACAGGACCCAAGAUAAUGCUGUGAAUAAUGCACUAUUCGCUACCAGUGCACAUGCAUGUCUUUUGCUCUCACAUCAUUGGGAAUGCAAGUACUCCUUAUCCAUUAAUAUGGAAAUGCUUUAUUUUCAGGAGCUGAAUCAUAUCUUAUGGCCCAAGUCUUCCACUAUCUGAGAAGGUUCUGCUUUUAUAUUCAUAUCAUAUCAUAUCGUAUCAUAUCGUAUCAUAUCAUAUCAUAUCACAUCAUAUCAUAUAUCAUAUAAUAUACCAUAUCAUAUAAUGUUAUCGUGUCUAUGCUAACUGUUUACCAGCUCUCUCUGGUCUGUGAAAUGAAACUAUUACCUGUUGUUUUACAAUUUUGUUGGAGAUUUGCAUUGUGUUUUACAGAUUUACUUACUCUUAAAUACUCAUACACUGUAUCUCUUUUUUUUUUCUUUUUAAGUGUUGUUUUUAGGUAUCUGGUGAUGUAUAGUAGUAUUUAAAUGUAUAAUCUGCACCAUAAUUGUUAUUUGCUCUUUUGGGACCAUAAAUUGGGGGAGACUGUUGCAGGUGACUGAAAGUGGGUCCGUAGAUUUACCCCUGCAGUCCCAUUACAUUUGGCACUAAACUACUGAUCAGUGUCCAGGGAAAUGUCUACCGCACAUGCUUAUUAUUUUUCACAGGACUGGAGCAGGUUAAUUUUUCAUUCAGAAAUACAUUAUAUAUAUAUAUUUUUUUUUUAGAAUCUAGCAUUUUAAUAAUGAGUUUGUUACUUACUGAAUAGUGUCUAGUUGAAAAAAUGUUGUUACAAGGAGGUUUGUGUGAUGCUGAAGCUGUAGUGUUCAUAUCAUUGCCUCGUUGGGGCUGACGUAAUAACCAACAGUAGUCUGUGUUUAUUUCUAGUAAUGGCUAAUGUACUCCUCAUUUGAACAGUCAGUGCCAUCUUUUUCAAAGAUUACAGCACUUCAGUACUGGAGAGUAGUUGCUGUCAUAUCAUGCACUGAACAUGAAUUGAAAGUGCCUUAAUAUAAGAUUUGCCUCAAAGUUGACUUAUUACUGGGUUACUUACUAGCCCAAAGUGAGUUGCAGCUUCUCUCGCUAUUCUUCCCAAUGUAUUAAUUCUCUGAUAUGUCAGGGAUUCCAUGAAGAGGAGAAACUGAAUUCUGAGUUUAAGUGCUUAGUUUUCACAUUUCUCUUUGAGUUGAUUUAAGUAACAAGCAAUAUGAAUACUUCAGUGAAGGGUACAUAUAUUUUUAUGUUAAAAAUAGAAAUGUAAGGAAGAAUUGAUACAUUUAUAUUAUCCAUUUUUGCCUAGAGGUACAGAUGAAAAAUGAUAUGAAAUUAGAAAUAUAGAAUGAUGGUUGAUAGAAAGAUUUAGUACACUCGAUCACACCAUCUCAGGGCCUCACUUAAGCAAUAACCUCACUAAAGAUAUAAUUACAGUUCAAUUUCUGUCAAGUAUUUGUCAAUGUAUGCACAAGACAUGCACAAUUGCCAAUUAUUGUCAACAUGGGUUUUCUUUGCUAUUUAUAAACCGAAACAUCUGCAAUGUCCAUGCAUUCCUCAGCAAAGACAAUGCUUAAUUUAUCCUGUCUGUAAAACAAUUUUUUUGUUGGUUAAUCCAUAACCUUCAAAAUAAAUGUCUUGUUAACAGGA